AUCAUGCGUCCCAUUUUCUCUCUUGUAUUUGAUUUAUUUGCGAGAUGUUACUGUAAACCACGUUUUAAUUUAAUUAAUUCCUUUUUAGUAAUUAAAUCGACAACUCAAAAAUUAAAAAUAACCGUUAUAUAUAGAAAUUAGGGAAUUUUGGAGGAAAGAGGGAUCUCUGGAUUUAGUUAGGAGAUAAUAUUCUAACCGAUCAUCAGAAUCCAAAAUUAGCAAAAACACAGAGAUUCGUUCGUCUUCUCCAUCACUGAUUUUGUUUGGAUUCCGAGAAAUUUCGGAUUUUCUCAUCCCUUUUCCUUCAUUUAUUAUCUUCCUCCAUUUUUCGGAUCAAUGGGCUUUAGGACAAUGUUCCACAGGAAGAAGCAAUCGGACGGAUCUUCAUCAAUGCCGCCGGCGAACGGUGGCACGGUGGCCCGACUCGGAUCGGAAUCGCCGUUCCUUAUGAAGAAUCGCUCCGGGAAAACAGAGAUCAGAGAACUCGAGGAAGUGUUCAAGAAAUUCGACGUGAACGGCGACGGGAAGAUCUCGUCGUCGGAGCUCGGAUCGAUCAUGGCGAGCCUCGGCCACGAGGUCCCGGAGGAUGAGUUGCAGAAGGCGAUCACGGAGAUCGACGGAGACGGCGACGGUAACAUAAACUUCGAGGAGUUCGUGGAAUUGAACACGAAGGGGAUGGAUCAGGACGAUGUGAUGGAGAAUCUGAAGGACGCGUUCUCAGUGUACGACAUCGACGGGAACGGAUCGAUCUCGGCGGAGGAACUUUACGAGGUUCUGAGGAGUCUCGGGGACGAAUGCUCGAUCGGGGAGUGUCGGAAGAUGAUCAGCGGCGUGGACAAGGACGGCGACGGAUCGAUCGAUUUCGAGGAGUUUAAGGUUAUGAUGAUGAUGGGAUCAAGGCACGACGCCAUGGGAGGUCAACCUCGGAGGAGUUUCACAGAUUGAUUUCUCCUCUUCUCCUUCUUCUUCUUCUUCUUCCUCUUCUUGUGUAUUUGAUGUUCUUUUUUUUUCCUUAUUCCAAUGCCCUUUUUUUUUUGUUGCGAUUUAGACGGACUUUAUGCCAAAAAGGAAAAACAUUAUUUCUCCUUUUUGUAAUUUAAAGUUCAAUUCUGUUUUUUUAAUCUCUAAACUUGAAUAUACUUAUGUUGGUAAUUA